GGGCCUCGGGUGCACUUCCGAACUCUCAAGGGCUCUGACCGGCUACCGUCCAACAGCUCCAGCCCAGGUGACAUCACAGUGGAGGGUCUGGAGGGAGAGCGACCAUUGCAGACAGGGGAAGUGGUUAUCAUUGUGGUGGUGUUGCUCAUGUGGGCCGCUGUAAUUGGGCUCUUCUGCCGUCAGUAUGAUAUCAUCAAGGACAAUGACUCCAACAACAACCCCAAGGAGAAGGGGAAGGGGCCGGAACAGAGUCCUCAGGGAAGGCCAGUGGGGACGAGACAGAAAAAGUCACCAUCCAUCAACACCAUUGAUGUAUGAGUGAAGAAACCGAACUCGAAAACAGAUGCACUAACACCCUGGGAUGGGGAUAGGGUCAGGGAGAGCCUCAGUUGGUGAUCUGCCCAAGACUGAAGGAUCCCAUAAUCUCCUAGAGGGUAAUGACACUCCCACAAUCUCAGGCCUGGUACCCAUCCUCUUUCCACUGUGAGCAGGGCCAGAAGGUAGGUCUCUUAGGGUCUGUACCCCUGGACCUGGGGAAUGGCUAUCAGGUGGGAUAUGUCCUUCCAUCCCCCAGGUCCAGGGGAGAGACACUUGUUCAACUGUAUCCCACUAGGUCCCCGAUGGGGCCCCCAUUGCACCUGCAUCAGGACUCUCGGCAUCUCCAGCUGCCCCCACAUCUUGCCUCUGGGUCUCAGAGAGGGGCAUUUCUUUGGGUACUCCCCCUCCCCCAGCAACUCAAAGGAAUUGUCUGGGUCUGGGGGCAGAUGCUGCACUGCACUACUCCAAUGUCUUCCACGGAGCCUCAGGGGCUCCCCCUCUCACCUGGUAGCCCCCCCAGCUGCUGGUGACCUCACCCCUUGGACAUUUUUCCAAUAAACGUUCUUGGACAAACUGGA